ACGGAAAAGAAAAAGAGUUCUUGGGGUGGUAGUGCAGAUAGGGAGGGGGGAACUGUGGACGCUGACUGAUAUCCCCGAGUGUACUGCCAAUCCAUUCAUAGAAGCAGGCGGCAGACUCUAUUGCAAAGACGAUGGCGCGAUUGACUCAUUUGAGUUUAUCAAACUGAUGAACAUGUUCUCCCCCAAGACCCCGGCAGACAACAAGCGUCGCUUCCUGUUCCGCAUGCUCGACAUCUACCUCACAGACUACAUAGACUACGACGACGUGUUCCGCUUCCUCAAGAUGAUAUUGGGGCCAGCGGUGCCAGAUCACCGUCUGAUAGAAGUUUCGCAAGUUGUCCUAUCGAGGAAAGACUUGAAGUAUCCUGGGAAAGUCUGCUACGAAGAUUUCUGCAAGUUUGUGUCCCUGCAAGAAGCACAUUUGAGGUUAACAGUUGCCAUUCAGUUUCCACGGGGCAACGAGAACAGAUAAAUGCAUAAUCUUUGAAUAUUUUGUUGAAAACGUACUAUACUCAGUUAUUGCUCUCAUUUUCAUAUUUAGUGUCUAUAAUUCAGUGCACUCUUCUUAAAUUAAAAAUACAACACGUGCUUCAA